AUGGAUACCAAUUAUGAGAUAUUUUGCAAUGACUUGAAGUCAGAUGUAGCGACAAUAACACAGAAUGUCAGCAAGCAAAAUUUCAACACUCUGGAACAAUCUAAAGCUCUUAAUAGCGUGAAUGGUACUGUAGAGCUACUCGUAGAAGAGCAGCAGGUCAAUGAAUAUGUGUUACGAAUUUCUAUUGUGUUAACAUUUAAACUGACUCAUAAAUUCUACCUGAAAGCUAAUGCAAUAGCAAUUAUUAGAAAGAUAACUUUCAAGGUACUGAAAGGAUGGUACCACUUUGAUCAAUUGGAUCAAAAUCAGGAUGCAAAGAAAUGGGAGAUGGAGAAUGGGCAUCAGCUCCAGGAAUCACAGUCUGAGCUGGUCAAACAUAAUUCAACGCUGAGUAAAUUGUCACUGAAAAUAAUGGACUUGAAAUCAAAUUUAGCGACAAUAGCACAAAAUGUUAACAAGCAAAAUUUCAGCAUUAAGGAAUUAACGGUAUCUCUCAAUAGUGUAAAUGUUAAAGUACUUCUACAAGAAGAAGAGCAACAGAGUUUGACGACAGCAGUUACUCAUCUUAGAGACAAUUUGACAUAUUUAGGAAACGAAGUGUACAAGAUCCGUGCGUCUUGUUGUUAUCCUUCAUGCUCCAAUAGCACACAAGGAAUGAUAUCAUAUAACAAGGAAGAGUAUGAAAUCGUGUAUUGUAACAGCAGCGACUGGUUGUUUCUGCCAUUGCCAUUCAAACCUGGUAGCUCGCCUUUGUUUCCUGCAUCAACGUGUAUGCAGAUAGCACUUAGUCACAAUUCAUCCGAAUACGAUGGGCCAUACUGGAUUAGGCCAUCUUCUAACGAUCCACCAUUUCAAGUGUUCUGUGAUGCGCGAGAUGGUUGGACUUUGAUUAUGAAAUUGGAUGGCAAUAGUUCAACAUUUGACUACGACAGCGACUUAUGGUCGAACAAAGAGAUAUUUCAAUCAAACAGUUUGGAUUUGGAUGACAUAGAAGCAAAAUUGGCUUCAUAUUGGACACUUCCAUUUACUGAACUACGUCUGGGAAUGAAAUAUAAAUACGGUGGUGAAUCUGAGGAUGGAACGUUUGAUACAGAUUCUGAUACUACAAUCAAAUGGACAACUUUCAAAUAUAGCGCAUCAUCUCUUCACGAUGUUAUUGCUGAUGGAAAGUACAAAAACACGAGUUUUAACAAUUGGGCACGUUUAAUACCUGAUCGCUUCUAUUUUGACGACUUUGACAAAGAAGGUUUCAAUACACAAUAUUCUAACAGUUCUUUGCCAAAAGCUCGUUUGGGAAUCAUGUAUCAUAGUACUUCUGAUAUGGCAAAUUUCCAUUACACUCGAAAGUUUUUUCUUGGUUUUGGAACGCAGUACAGAAUGCUAUCGGUUCAAAACAGUGUUGGAUACUACUAUUGCUGCUAUCAUGAUGAAUUCUUUCUUUAUCCUGUAAACUACAAAGCAAUUGGCUACAUCAUGGCACGAUAGGACAGACAGAAUUAAUAUACUCAGUUUGUGAACGCAUGAAUAUCAAUUGCC